CUGCAGACCGGCUGGAUUUCAUAGACUGCAUUUCCCAUGAUGAAGUGGGGGAAUUUACCGGAUGUAACUACGUGUGCACUUUCGCGACUGUCCAGGAAGUGUUUUCCAAGCAGCAACAGAGACGAGAAGGAAAAUUGUGGGUUUUUUUCGAGGAGGAUUAACCCAAAAUUAGGCACCAUGCUGCCGACUACCUCGCCCCAGAGUAACGGCGACCCCAGCUCCAGGGAUGCUGCCCGUCACACAGCAGGUGCCAAGCGCUACAAAUACCUGCGGCGACUGCUCCAUUUCAGACAGAUGGACUUUGAGUUUGCUAUGUGGCAGAUGCUUUACCUGUUCACAUCGCCACAGAGGGUCUACCGCAACUUUCACUACAGGAAACAGACAAAGGACCAGUGGGCAAGGGAUGAUCCCGCAUUUCUGGUCCUUCUCAGCAUCUGGCUGUGUGUAUCAACGAUCGGUUUUGGUCUUGUUCUGGACAUGGGAGUUGUGGAUACUUUGAAGCUGCUGCUGUGGGUGGUCUUUGUCGACUGUAUAGGUGUUGGUCUGCUCAUAUCAACCCUCAUGUGGUUUAUCACCAACAAAUACCUGCUGAAACACCCGAGCAGAAACUUUGACGUCGAGUGGGGUUACGCAUUUGAUGUUCAUCUAAAUGCUUUCUAUCCACUUCUAGUCAUUCUACAUUUUUUGCAGCUUUUCUUUAUCAACCAUCUCGUGGUGAUAAACUCAGACUGGUUCCUGGGUUACUUUGUUGGGAACACUCUGUGGCUCAUCGCCAUCGGUUACUAUCUCUACAUCACCUUCUUGGGCUACAACGCUCUACCUUUCCUGUCGAACACUGUGGUGCUCCUCUACCCCUUCGCUCUGCUCGGCCUCCUCUACUUCCUCUCUGUAUCUCUGGGCUGGAACUUCACCCGCGGUCUCUGCUGGUUUUAUAAGUACAGAGUCCAGUAGGAACCUUUUCAAUUUCUAACGGGAUGCAAGCUGGUUCCAGAUGAACUCAAAACAAACAAAAAGAAAAGAGAAAAAGACUCUGACUUUCUGUUUCUAGCUGAAUGCGGCUGAGAGAGACUUCUUUCUGACUCCUGGAGAACUGAGACUCUGGCUUGAUUGAGGCUGAGCUGGCUCCUGUUGGUUCUGUCAGCUCUUGUGUUGAACUCCAGUAAACGGCGAUAUGUUUGUACUUGCUCCAGACAAAAAAAACGGGACAAACCAAACUUUUAUCAACGUCCUCCUUGUGUGACUGCUAAAUAGUUGUAACAUAAGCCAAAAGGUGUCAUUUUGAAGAAAAAACAAUGUUGGUUUUUAGUUGUGUUUGAAAAAAAACCCCACAGAUAAUCCUGCUUGAUGAAGUGGAGACACAUGGGAUGCAGAUAUUUUUUCUUCUUUCCUUAAAGUGUACAUUCCAAAGCACUUUCAAUAAAGGGUUUUAUUAACUUAAA